CUGAGGAUAAGCAGAAAUAGAGUAAAAAAAUCUUUUUUUAAACAAUAUUUUUCCAAAAUUAAUGAAUUAAUUUUUUUUUAAAGUAUGACUUCUAAAAGUAAUGCUAGAAUGAAGAAGUUCAAGGAAAAACUUGCACUUCCGGGCAACGAGGAGCUUUUAAAUCAAUUUGUGCAGAGAAAACAAGAGGCAGAUCAAAAAUAUCGAGAAAAGAAAAUUGCUGAAAACGGAAUUGAGUUCAGGAAGAAGAGAAACGAACAAUCUAAGGAAUCAAAAGCUAGAAAGGCAUUAAAGGAUCGUAACCUUAAUGAUGUUGUUGGAUCUAAAUAUUCAUCUAAAAAGGGACUGAGUAAAGCUGUAAAAAGAGUAGAACGUAAUCUACCAAAGGAGAGAGAGAAAAAAGUUGAAGUUUUCAAGGUUGUUGCUAAAAAUCUGGAUCUGAAUUUACUGAGCGACAAAACAACAGCAAAAGUCAGCCGGCAGCGACAUUACUUUCAUGGUGUUCCAGAACUCGUUAAAGAAUUCUAUUUGCUCGAUUCUGUAUCCAGACAAUUACCAGGCAAAAGAGAUGUAAUAGCUUUAAACACAAAAAAUGGAACAAAAGAGUAUUUUCAGAAGAGAGUUCUUCUUACAUCUAUUGAGGAUGUUUAUUCUGAGUUCAUUUCCCUUUAUCCUGAACAAAAAAUCUGCAUGGCAAAAUUUUUCAACCUUCGACCUGGAUAUGUUAUGCUUAUGUCCCAAGCUCCUCACAAUGUCUGUUGCUGCAUCUAUUGUGAAAAUUUUCUGUAUCUUUUUACCGCUAUUAAGCCGUUCCUCAUUGAAGAUCCCGGAAAUUCUGAUGGUUUUGUUUCAAAUUUUUUAUGUGGACGUGAAUUUGAUUGUGCUGUUGGAUCUUGUGAAAAAUGCCAUGAUUUUAAUACGACUUUAUCACAACUGUUAUUGCCGUGUUGCAUUGAUGAACCAGUAAAAUGGACUAAAUGGGUAAAUGUUGAUGGCUAUCUUCAAAAGUGUAAUUUACCUGAAAAAAAUGUUAAAGAUAUUUUGAUUGAUUUCGCUGCAUCUUUUGAAAAGUACAAAAUUCAUCGGUAUUUAAUUAUUACACAACAUCAUGUUAUUGAUCAAUUAAAGCGUAGUAACAGUGAGUCUUCUGUUAUUCUUCAUAUGGAUUACUCUGAAAAUUUUUCUGUCACAUCACAGGAUGAAAUCCAAUCUGCUUUUUUCAAGCGAAAGCAAAUAUCAAUUUUUACUGGAGUAGCUUUAGUUGGUACCACUGAUACAAUUUCUUUUGCAAUCGUCAACGAUGAUAUAAAACACCAAAAGGAGCAAGUCUAUCAUUAUAUCAAGUUAAUCGUUAGACAUCUGCGCAGCAUGUAUCCAAAUUUAGAUUCAAUUAAUUUCAUUACAGAUGGAUGUGCUGCACAGUUCAAAAACAAAUACAUACUUUCCAGCUUAGUACAUAUGGAGGCAGAAUUAGGAUUAAAGCCUAAAUGGCACUUUAUGCCCACAUCGCAUGGCAAGAGUGCAGCCGAUGGAAUCGGAGGAAUCCUAAAACGGCAAGUUUCUCAUCGAAUUCUUUCAGGAAUGUUCGAAAUUCAUAAUGCUAAGGAUUUUGUUGCCUGUGCGGACACAUUUGUAAAGAACAUUAAUGUCAUUUAUGCUAGCUUAGAUGAAAUGAAAGAUUUGAGCGACACUUUGAAGAAAAGAUGGGAAAAAAUUAAGAUGAUGCCUUCAACUACGAAGUUACAUUAUUUUCAACCUGUUGGAACUAAAAUACUUGGUGCUGUGUCAUCAAAAAUUGAAGGUGCUAAGCUUUUUACUGUCACAUGA